AUGACUUCGAAGCAGGAUCCCCCCGUCAAGAAAAACGCCUUCGUGCACAAGCUCUACGGGAUGCUCAACAACCCAAAGUUGGCCCAUCUCAUCUGGUGGACUGGAAAGGAAGACAGCAACACGUUUGCCCUCUAUCCCAGCAAGGAGUUCGCCGACGCGCUCCUGGACUACUUCAAGCACGGCAACGUGGCGUCGUUUGUUCGUCAGUUGCACAUGUACGGCUUCCACAAGAUCCUGGACCCGCUGCUGGCGUACCACGACAAGGACCUGCCCGUGUGGGAGUUUCGGCACCUGCUGGGCAAGUUUCGCAAGAACGACGAGCUGCUAUUGGUGUACAUCAAGCGGCGGUCCUCGUCGAACCUGCGCAACUCGCUGUUAGUCGAAGGCAGCGAGCCCCUGCUGUUUGACGCUGGCGGGACCCCGGCCAUGAGUGCUGCUGCUGGUGCUGCUGCGUCCUCGUCGAAUCCCGUCCACCAGUACUAUAACAGGCCCAGCUACCACUACUAUUACGCUGUGCCGGGCCAGUGGCCGCAGGCAAACCACCCAAACCACCCGGCGACGUUGGCCCAGCACCAUCCUCAGCAGCAUCCUCCUACACAGCCUCAGCAUCCCCAGCAUCCUCAGCAUCCUCAGCAUCCUCAGGCGUACCUCGUGGGCCCUCUGCAUCCCCAGCAUCUUCAGCAUCUCCAGCACCUCCCGCCUCAGCAUCUGCACCUCCACCUUCAACACAUCCCCCAGCAAAUGCCGCUUCCGUACCAGCAACCGCCCGGCCAGAAGCCGCUCCCGCCUCAUAAUCUACUGCAGCAGCACGGUGUUAUGCUCCCGCCUCCCACGCCCAAGAACCACGAAAAGCUCCCGUCAACUGCUCACUUGCCGUCUCCUCGGAAACAGCCCGACUCUCCGUCGACCAGGGCGCCGCUGCUCCCAACGUACGCUGCCCCAGCAGACCACGAGCAGCGCUCAUCUUCGGCAGCGUCAACUCCACAGUUCAGAAAACCCUGGGAGCUGGCGGCAGAGGCUGAGCAGAGACCUCGGUACCCGUCGCUCUUGCUCGAUCCAUUGGCCUCCAAUGCUCAUCACAGAAACUCAGAAGCGAUCAAGCUACCGCCUUUGGUGCCCCGAGAUCAGCUUAGUCCAGCGCUCGGGCAGCCCCCUACCGCUUCAGCUGCGCCCACCACAUCAACUGCGCCAGCAGUACCAGCUACCCCAGUAGCCUCAACAGCCACUUCGGCUCCUCCAUCGUCCUCCACCCCCACCGGCUCCCUUCCUGCUCCUUCCACAUCGAUGUCUUCUGUUCCCAUUCGCAAAUUUGUCUACGAUAAGCUACGUCCGCUGCUCAUAGAGCUCCACUCGACUUCGCUUCCGCCAGUCGGGUCUGUCACCAGCACGUCGUCAGCGCCUAACAGCCUCAGUCUGGCCUCCACAACCCCCACGCGAUCUUCACUAGUCGGAUCCCAUUUCGACUCGAUUGGGUCAGGGCUGGGGUCGAUCUUUUCGGGAGCGUCGUCCAUCUCCUCGCUUUCUAGCGGCAACCGUCUGUCGUUUGGGUCGAUUUCCUACGAGGAGCGCAAGACGUCGCUCGUGGCGCCCCAUGAGCGGCCGCUGUCGCCGCAAGUUAGCGGCACAGGCACAGUUUCUACGAUUGAAGAGGAUAAAAAAGGCGAGGAGGCCUUCAGCACGCCUGGAACGCCACUUUUCAAGGCCAAGGUGUCGUACUUGCUUGACUCAGGCAAUGGCGUUAAGAGACAGAAGAGCGAGGUAGAAGACGACAAAGAGGCACAGGAGACGAAGCGGGCGGCCGUGAAGAACUCAACAUGA